AUGGAAACGCCUUGGGGCUCUCCAACCGACAUUUGGUCAUUUGGAGCCGUGCUUAUAAGCCUGAUCUACGGUGGCGAUUUCAACUUGCUCGACCCCACCACCGUACCCUAUGGCCAUGAAGAGUAUAGCCUAGAGGUUUUGAAACAACAAUUCCGAUACUUUGGCCCGUGGCCCGGCAAGUAUGAAGAAAUUGCGAGCCCUGAGACUGUGCGCGCCAUAAUGUGGGUUAUGCAGGAGAUUCCUAAAUCAGACACUACACCGUUUUCUAUGAUAACAGAGAAAGAGGUUUGUAAGAAAGAUAAAGAGUUCAUUAUGGGGAUCAUGAAGAUGGACUGGAGGGACAGGCCGACGGCCAGGGAGUUGUUAGAGCAUGAGUGGUUUAAGGAGGAUAGGGAGGAAAUGUGA